GGAGAAAGUGAAAGGGGAGGAGUGGAGGAGAAACCCCGGUCUGGCUUGGAGGAAGAGAGAGAUGUGAUUGUGCGUGUUUAGGACGGGAGAGGAGAGCACAUUGUGAUCACAAUCAAGGGGAAAGUCCGACCGCGGAGGGAGCGCACUUAAAUCACGCGCGGUGUGGAUGUUGUACAGGGGAGAAAGUAAAAGUGUCGUCGGAGUGACUUAUCCUUGUACUUUGUUUUUCUCAUCUCUUUGCCUUUCGACCCCCUCCGCCCUGCAUUCCGUGGAGCAGCUGUGCUUUAAUGCCCCUGCGCACCCGAGGAGGAGAGGAAGGAAAGAAGAGUGAGGAAGAAGAGGCAGAAGAAGAAGAAGAAGAAGUGAGAAGGCCUGGACACCAGUCUUCCUCGCCCUUUGGAGGUCCGUCCACUCUCCCCUCCUGGCCCUGCAUGGACGGGGAUGGGGAGAGCCGGAUGCUGUUGCCGCGGGGCUGAGCGCCUCGCCUCCCCGUCUCUGGUGCGCCGCUUCCGGCUCCUGCUGCUGAUGAUCAUCGCUCUCUGCUGCGGUGCUCACAUAGGUCAGUGCCAGGUGGCCACCCAUCAGUGCCAUAUACAGAAGUGCACCACCGACUUUGUCUCCCUUACCUACCACCUGACGCCGGCCGUGGAUGGCUUUCACACUGAGUUUUGCAAAGCUUUACGUGGAUACUCGGCCUGCACCCAGAGGACAGCCAAGUCCUGCCGUGGGAACCUUGUCUUCCACUCUGCUGUGUUGGGCAUCUCCGACCUCAUGAACCAGAGGAACUGCUCCAGAGACGGGCCCACGUCCUCCACACACCCUGAAGUUCAACACGAGCCCUGCAACUACCACAGCCGCACCCAGCAUACUCACACACACUCCCAUGUGCAUGCACACGCACACUCCCACACUCACGGCCACAGCCAGGGCCACUCUCGGCCUGUCUAUCUGUUCUGCGGGCUGUUCGGGGAUCCACAUCUGAGGACGUUUAAGGACAGCUUCCAGACUUGCAAGGUGGAAGGGGCGUGGCCUCUCAUCGAUAAUGACUAUCUGUCAGUACAGGUCACUAAUGUUCCCGUGGUACCUGGCUCCAGUGCCACAGCAACGAAUAAGAUCACCGUCAUCUUCAAGCCCUAUGAGGGUUGUACAGACCAGAGGGUCUACCAGGCCGUCACAGACAACCUCCCUGCUGCCUUUGAUGAUGGAACCGUAAGCAGCGGAGACCCCAUCCACAUUUCUGCGGGUGCAGAAGGUGCAACUGGUAAAGUCCGGGCUCUGUGGAUCUCUGAGCGCAGCCCAGGGCGCCACGUGGAGCUGCAUGCUGGCUACAUAGGUGUAACUGUAAUCGUGCGCCAGCUAGGCCACUACCUGACCCUGGCGGUGAGGAUCCCAGAGGAGCUGGCUCAGGCCUACGAUGCUACCCAGGACCUGCAGCUCUGUCUGAAUGGCUGCCCCGGCGGAGAACGUAUCGACCAGGCAGGGCAUCUUCCCCUGCCCCUCUCCGCUCCUGCGCUCGGCCUGCAGCUUAAGCAGUUGCGUCGGCCCAGCUACUCCUCACAGACACAAGCAUCCCCUUACGGUGCCGCGCAGGUUUUCAGUGCCGAGGGGGCGAAGGAACGCUGCAGGGAGCAGCUGGAGGUGCAGGACAUUUACUUUCACUCCUGUGUGUUUGAUCUCCUCACCACCGGGGAUGCUAACUUCACAAUGGCAGCCUACAGCGCCCUGAAGGACAUGGAGAGUCUCCAUCCCCACCGGGAUAGAUGGAGGAUCUAUCCCCGCGGUGCAGCCACCUCCACCUUACACUCUGAUUCUCAACCUACGCGGCUAGCUCUGCUCCUGCUGUGUGCUCUAAGUGUAGCAUUGAUGUAAGAGCAGGAGUGGGAGGCUUGUGAAUGUGUGUGCACUAGAGAGAGAGUUUGGGGUGAUUUUUGCUAAGCACUGAUACUGAGCACUGAUUCCUCUCUCAUGUUCAGAGGAAACAGCAGUCUAGACAGUUGCUGCGAACUAUUGUUUUUAGCACCGGAGAUGGCAACACUAACUGCAUCUUACCUGGCAGAAUCAGCCCUCUGGGAAAUAACACAGGUGAUGUGAUGUUGGCUUUUGCAAUCUGUCUUCAUCUUUGGAUAAGACCCUUGACAAUGACACAAAUGCACCUGUGUGUGUGAAUGGAGUGUGUGGAUAUACACUCCAAACUGUAAAUAGCUUGUAUUCAGUGCAAAGUGGCGUGGAGUUCAUUUUUUUGUGUCAUUUGAUGUGAUAUUUUCUUUGAUACCUCAGACAGGGGAUGUUUGUUUUAACAGAAGCACUUUAUUUAGUUUUUUUGUUUUUUGCUAUAACAAAUCCACAUCAGUGUUUCUUCCUCUCACUUACUGUCCUCCCUGACAAUCUCCAAUGGCUCAAGUUUUGGAGAUCAUCCAUAAAUUGAUUUUUGAUCAUUUCAAAGUAAAGGUCUUUUAAAUACAAGGAGCAGCAAUUUUUGCUAAAUUCAUCAUUCUUCCAAUAGGUGAUUUGACUCAGCUUCUCAUUUUAAGUCAGUCAAUGUGAGUUGUUCCAUUUUGAAUGUAUUGUGAAUAGUGUCACAGCAGAUGCCAUCAGUACUAUUUUGUUGCUGUAUGAAUUUCUCUUUUUUUUUCAGUCCUGAUUUCAAAUAUGUGCGAUUGUGUAUGAAAGUGUGUGUGUGUGUGUGGGUGUGUCAGUGUUUUUUUUUCCGAUUACAAGUUGGUGGCGUGCUUGGAUGUUUUUUUAUUUUCUCUGUGAAUCAUAUCAGAGUUAUUCCCACCUUUUUGCCAAAAGGCUGUGAUGAUACCGGCUCAUGUAUGUUGCUCUCUGUAUUCUUUGUUGUUUUAAUUUGAGCCAAAGACCGAUAAUUUAUGAUUUUUAUGUACAAAGGAGAUCACAACGCACCACCAAACCAGCACUUGUCUCUGCCUCACACUCUCUCCCCUGUUUUUAAUGUUGCUCCUGUAGACUGUUUUACUCCUUCUGCUCCUUACUAGAAUAUGUGUAAGAUACCUGAGUGCUAACAAAACUCGGAAAAUCACUGAAAACUCUACCACACCGUCUGCUUCAGCAGUGUGUUGUGGGAAAUGUAUUCUAUUUGAUACCUGAUAGACAUGUCGAGACUGAGCUUUUUUAAAGAUGUACCAUUCUGUACAAUUAUGCCCCAUUUGGUUGGCUAUAAUCAGCUUAAUAUCAGUUUUUGGCAAUGUGAUAUCUUGCAUCAUGUGUGAGUGUCAAUUUGGUGACGAGUGACUGGUCAAUAUUGAAAUACUUAACUUAUUUAUUAACGUAGUGUCCUGUAGAGGAAGUAAAGCUCCAUAUUCUUGCUGUUGGAUAAUUUAAAAAAAUGUCAGAUGUGAUUGUACUGCCACUUAGUGGUGCUCUGUUGCUAUGUUAAUGUGUUACUCAAGGCGCUCAAAAAAACAAAGGAAACAGGAAAAACUGUGUGCAAGUGUUUUAUUUAAAAAAACAAACAAUAAAGUCAAAAUGGUCCAAGCUUA